GGGCGGGGCGCGGGGCUGGCGCGCAGGCGCGGGAUCCGGCCUCGCCCCUGCCGACGUCGCCGGCGGGAGCUCACCUGGGAGACUCUCAGAGGAAGAGGAGCCUCGGCGCGGCCUCGCUUGGCAACGCGGGAGGCCCGGCGGGGAAGGCAGGAAGCGGCGGCGGAGGAGGGGUUGAGCCGAGCGGCCACGGGAGCCACGGCCACCCGAGUCGCCGGCGCCGCCACCUGCACUUGGCUCUGGGCCCCCCGCGGGCAGAGCCCCCUUUGGCCGCCGCUUCCCGCCGCCUGCCCUGCCCACCUGCCAGGUAUUACCAUUUAAAGAAACCCUUUUACCGGCAAAUCUAUGCUAAAGAGUAUAAGUAACAAAGGAAACCAAACUGUUAUCUGUCAAGUAACAAGCAUUUAAUGCCAGAAUGGCUCACCUCAAGCGACUAGUGAAAUUGCACAUUAAAAGACAUCACCACAGAAAGUUCUGGAAGCUCGGUGCAGUCAUCUUUUUCUUUUUAGUAGUCCUGAUUUUAAUGCAACGAGAAGUAAGCGUUCAAUAUUCCAAGGAGGAAUCAAAGAUGGAGAGGAACUUGAAAAACAAAAACAAAAUGUUUGACUUUAUGCUCGAAGCUGUAAAUAACAUCAAAGACGCAAUGCCAAAGAUGCAAAUAGGGGCACCCAUCAAGGAGAGCAUCGCCGUCCCCCAGAGACCCUGUCUGCAAGGGUACUACACAGCCGCAGAGCUGAAACCAGCCCUUGACCGGCCACCUCAGGAUUCCAACGCGCCUGGUGCUUCCGGCAAGCCCUUUAAGAUCACCCACCUCACCCCGGAGGAGCAGAAGGAGAAAGAGCGCGGGGAAACGAAGCACUGCUUCAACGCCUUCGCCAGUGACAGAAUCUCGCUACACCGGGACCUCGGACCUGACACCCGACCGCCUGAAUGUAUUGAACAAAAAUUUAAACGCUGCCCGCCCCUGCCUACCACCAGUGUCAUAAUAGUCUUUCACAAUGAAGCGUGGUCCACGCUGCUUAGGACCGUCCACAGUGUGCUCUAUUCUUCACCCGCAAUACUGCUGAAGGAGAUCAUUUUGGUGGACGAUGCUAGUGUAGAUGACUACUUGCAUGAAAAACUAGAGGAAUACAUAAAACAGUUUUCUAUUGUGAAAAUAGUCAGGCAGCAAGAAAGGAAAGGCCUGAUCACGGCGCGGUUGCUAGGGGCAGCUGUAGCAACUGCAGAGACGCUCACGUUCUUAGAUGCUCACUGUGAGUGCUUCUACGGCUGGCUGGAACCUUUGCUGGCCAGAAUCGCUGAGAACUACACCGCCGUGGUGAGUCCAGACAUCGCAUCCAUAGAUCUAAACACAUUUGAGUUCAACAAGCCUUCUCCAUACGGAAGCAACCAUAACCGUGGAAAUUUUGACUGGAGCCUUUCCUUUGGCUGGGAAUCGCUUCCUGAUCAUGAGAAGCAAAGACGGAAAGACGAAACCUACCCAAUUAAGACCCCCACCUUUGCAGGAGGCCUUUUUUCUAUUUCUAAAGAAUAUUUUGAGCACAUUGGAAGUUACGAUGAAGAAAUGGAAAUCUGGGGAGGUGAAAAUAUAGAAAUGUCAUUCCGAGUAUGGCAAUGUGGUGGGCAGUUGGAGAUUAUGCCUUGCUCUGUUGUUGGACAUGUUUUUCGCAGCAAAAGCCCUCAUACCUUUCCAAAAGGCACUCAGGUGAUUGCUCGUAACCAAGUUCGCCUUGCAGAAGUCUGGAUGGACGAAUACAAGGAAAUAUUUUAUAGGAGAAACACAGAUGCAGCAAAAAUCGUUAAGCAAAAAUUAUUUGGUGAUCUUUCAAAAAGAUUGGAAAUAAAAAAACGCCUUCAGUGUAAAAAUUUUACGUGGUACCUGAACACUAUUUACCCAGAAGUGUAUGUACCAGAUCUUAGUCCUGUUAUAUCUGGAUAUAUUAAAAGUGUUGGUCAGCCUUUAUGUCUGGAUGUUGGUGAAAAUAACCAAGGAGGCAAGCCAUUGAUUCUGUACACGUGCCACGGCCUCGGGGGAAAUCAGUACUUUGAGUAUUCUGCUCAGCGUGAAAUCCGGCACAACAUCCAGAAGGAGUUAUGUCUUCAUGCUACUCAGGGUGUCGUCCAGCUGAAGGCAUGUGUCUAUAAAGGUCACAGGACAAUCGCCCCCGGAGAACAGAUAUGGGAGAUUCGAAAGGACCAACUUUUAUAUAAUCCAUUAUUUAAAAUGUGCCUUUCAUCAAGUGGAGAGCAUCCAAACUUAGUGCCAUGCGACCCAACAGAUCUACUCCAAAAAUGGAUUUUUAACCAAAAUGAAUAAGUGUUCCUUAAAAUUAAGGAGUUGAAAAGGACAUACUCUUCCUCAUAAAACUGUGACUAGGCGUACACUGUAGUUGAAAAUUAUGCAAAAGCAGCUAAUUGUAACUUAUUCCAAGUGCAUUUUUCUUAUUUAUAUCUUAAGAUGUCUAUGUAGUACCUACCGCUGCAGAAACCCUGGGGGUUUCUGUCUGAAAGCACAGUAACUAGAAUACCAAAGACGAUUCUGAAAUGUCCAGAUGUAGAAGAGAGAUGUUUACAGUAUGAAGAAAAUAAUUUUCCUAGCAAAGUGAUGUGUGUUUGUAUACUUGGGGAUACGCACACUUACAUCCACACACUCACAGCUUAAAAUGUUUCCCCUAAUUUUAGGGGCAAUAGAAAAAGAUUUGAUACUGUAUUUUUAUAACUAUAUAGAAAUAGGUCAAUGAAGGUCAGUCAUUGGCCUUUUGGUACAAACCAGGAAAUUUUUAUAGAUCUAGAAUUUAUUGCUUUAAAAUCCAGGUAAACUUUUGUUGUCUUUUGUUUACUUGUCUGUCAGAUAUUUCUUUAAACAUGAAGUUGAAUAAGGAGAGGACUAUUUUUAACACUUAAAUUUUUGGAAAAUUUACAAAUAUUUUUUAGUCUGAAGCCCACUCCACUUGAUACACGUGAGUCUUCCCCAAAUGGCUUUUCUGAAGUGACUAUACCGUGUGUUUUCCCAGAGUACUUUUUAAAAAAUAAAUAAACUUUAUAAAUUAUUAGCUGUUAAUGACGGUUUCUUUUUCCUUUCUAGUAGUCUUGUUUUCUUAGCAAAAUUCACUAAUCUUGAAUAUUUAUGAUACUGAAUUUCAAAUGCAGAAACUUGACUCAACUCUAAAUGUCAUUAUUGAUUCAUUAUAUAGACUAUCUUUGUAAUAGGUUUC